GUCGCGCCGGUAUUGAGUCACUAUUGGCGGCCGCUGUCUGGCUUUGGACGGCCGGCGCUUCAGAGGCGGCGGCAUUCGAGUAGCAGGCGGCGGUCCGGAGCGGCGCGAGAGGGCUCGGGCCAACCGUCGCUGGCGGCGCUUCUACUCAGGUCCGACUCUUCAAGCUCAGUGGGAUCGUGCAAUGGCUGCCAACCAGUCUAGGGGCAAGGUCAUCCAGGCCUACAAGAACUUGCUGCAUCUGGGCAAGAACUACCCCAAGGGCUACAACCACUUCCGCGACACCCUGCGCGCGGCGUUCGAGAAGAACAAGGCCGUGGAGGACCCGGAGCAGAUCCGCCAGCUGCUCGGCAAGUGCGACAACAUCGCCAAGGAGCUGCAGACCCUCUACAUGCUGCGUCAGUACCGCAACGUCAACAAGCACUGCACCAGGGAGUACCCCAAGAAACAACGCUUCUCCAACUGAGAAGGGAGUCACUCGAGGUGGCGAGGACACGCAGAAGAGCAUGGAGGUUAACAAGAUCACCCGGGGUGGGACGGGAAGUGAGAGCUGGAUGAUGAUGAUACACCGUCUGGAUUCGAGUUGAUGUUCGGACUGGACUAUUGCGAGGCUGCGCUGUUACGCGCAUCUAUUAUCAAUAAGCAAGUGUUUAAAAGACAACGGUCUUCUAAGAGAAUUCGAGGCGUUUUAUGUGUAUGAUGCUGUGCGGAUGUCAUUAUGUGAAUCAUGUGUACUUAUGAGGUGGGUCGUAAUCAGGGGGGUACGCUCCCGCUGUUUAGCAUUACGAAAAAUGGUGACAGACGUUUGUGGAGGAUUGUCGACGAACUCUUGUUCCGCGAGCAGUACUUACACGCUAGCGGAAAAUUCACCAAUCAGCGCUCGGCAGUACUCGGCGCUGAUUGGUCCGACGCUCGUGACGAAAUUGUGGGGGACCGCAGUUAUUCUCUAUGGACCCGAAUAGGCUUUUGGAUUUCGGAGGAGUUUCUUUAAAACUAUAUGCUGAUUGGAGCUGUUUUCGAGUUGAAAUAUAUUUCAUAUGACUGUUAGCUAUAUAAUGACACCAUAAAAUCAUGAUUUUAAUAAAUAUUACCGAUGUAAUAUCGGCCGAAAAGA